ACUUUCUUUAGCCGUACUCAUAACCUAACCAUAAGUAGUAACAAUUUUGCAGUGCAAGAUAAUGUACUGUUGAGAUAACGAAAAAUGUUUUUGGAAUACUCCUGGCACUUUGAGGUUAAGUCUUCUUGCAAUCACAACUGUAACGUUUGCCCCUACUUCACGACUUCAGCUUUUUUGAUGAUAAACCAUAUGAGACGCCACAAGUCACCAUCAAUACUCUUCAACUGUGAAAACGCCGACUUGGAAGCCUACUACUGCAAAGACUGUGACUUUCAAACCGAAUUAACUGUUUCCUUCAAAAAACACCUCCAGCAAUGUCAUAAUCUGAAACAGCGCCAUGAAGGAAACCUGCCCGAAGACGAAUUUACCAUUCAUAAUUAUACAUGCAGAAAGUGUUGUUUUAAAACACACUUCCCAAUUAAAUGGUUACAACACACUGAAAAAUGUUUAAGGAAUGUAAAUGCUCGAGUAAUAACACAUAGCGACAAAGACAGCAUGACUUCUUAUGAAUGUUACCAUUGUGGAUUCAGAUACAAAUACAAAACGAACUUAAAUAGCCACAUACGGUGGAAACAUGCAGACGAAAGGAAAAUUAAAUGGUUGCUUUGCACACAGUGUCCAUACAAAGCCAAAUACAACUCUCGUUUAAAAAGUCACGUAAAUGUGCACCAUUUAAAUGAAGACGAUAUUAAGUGGUUUAAAUGUAAAGAGUGCCCCUAUAAAUCCAAAUAUAAAGCAACUUUAAAUAUACACAUAAAUGCGCGACAUUUAGAUGAAGAAAAUGUUAAGUGGUAUCAUUGCAAGGUGUGUUCAUACAAAUCUAAACGCAAAACUGUUUUAAGAACCCACGUAAACGUGAAACACUUGGAUGAAAGGGACAUUAGAUGGUACGACUGCACUGAAUGUUCAUUUAAAAGUAAGCAUAAGAAAAAUUUUAAAAGGCAUAUAAAAACGGCACAUUUGGACGAAUGUGAUAUUAAAUGGCACGAGUGCAAAGAGUGCCCAUUCAAAACCAAACAUAAAUCAGUUUUAACAAAUCAUAUAAACGCACGUCACAUAGAUGAACAAGAUAUUAAGUGGUAUGAAUGCAAAAAGUGUCCAUACAAAUCUAAGAGCAAUACGAAUUUAAGAAAACACGUAAAUGCACAUCAUACAGAUGAACAGGAUAUUAAAUGGUAUGAAUGUGAAAAGUGUCCUUUCAAAAAUAAAUAUAAAUCAACACUAAAUGUACACAUAAAUACACACCACUUGGAUGAACACCAGAUUAAGUGGUACGUGUGUGACAAGUGUCCUUUCAAGUCUAAACACAAUAGUAAUUUAAGAAAACAUACAAUUGCACAUCAUUUGGAUGAACAUGAGAUUAAAUGGUAUGAAUGUGCAAAGUGCUCAUGUAAAUUUAAACGGAGUGAUCAUUUAAAACGACACAUGAAUACGCGACAUGGAGAAAAUCUUAAAUUUGAAAGUUUUGGAGGAAAAAAUGUUAAACUAAUUGACUGUAGUGUCAUACCACAUUUAAGUAAUAAAUUGUCGAUUGACGGUGCUGCAACGUUAGCAUUACAGAAAGACAGUGUUAGGAUAACUAGUGAUAAGAAUUUGAUUUGAUGAGUUCUAACUGAAAAGUGAAGUAGAACACUGUUGUAGACCGAAUUAAUUAAUCCAUAAAUAAAUAAGCAUCUUCCACAAUACUGUAAUAUUCGAUUAUAAUGCUUGUAAUAAAGAUUUAUUACAUUACCAGAAAGUGUUAAAAAUUAAU